UUUAGCGGGAUAUCUUAGUUCAGUAAUUUUGUCAAGCGACUACCAGAGUUCGCUACUUUCAUCCUUUAAAAAUAACUAUCCCUACUUCCCUGUCUUGAUUUUGCACGCUACUGUAUAUAUCAUAUCCAAACACAUCGUGCCUUGUAUAAGUGGGAUCAGUAUACGUUCGAAUUUUCCCAUCUGCACUUCGCGUGGAGAAUUGUUGUCGAUACUUAUUAGUUUAUAGUAUCACGAUAGUCUAUUAGUUUAUAUUAACCGGCAUUAUCUUUUUCUGUGUUUAUCGUUAACUAAAUACGAGAAAAUCGUAUAAAUAUUUAGUCGCUGCCUUAAGUGCUUGUCUUGCUAAGAGAAUAAAUCAAUCACAUCAUGAAGCAUUCGUUAAUAGUACUCGUUACAACCUUUCUCGGUUGUCUAAUAUUUUGCGUAGCAGCUGAACAAGUAGAUGACAAACACUGCGAGUGCAUUGAGUAUGAUUGUGGCUGCUGCACCAACUUACAAGUGAAGAAUAUACUUGACGGAAAUUUAUGUUCAAACUUUUCGUAUUUGCCAGAAGAAUAUGGUAUUUCUGUUACAAUAACUUACAAUGGUGUGGAUAUAUUUAAUGAAACAAUAUCAGCCAAGAAUCCACCGGCACUAUGCGUGAUUCAUUUUGACAAAUUGCACAUGGAGAUUUGUUUACGAUUUUACCAUCUGGAUGUUAAAAACAAAUGUUUUUCUGGAUGCGCCGAAUUUGAAAUAUCUUUCUUCAAAAUUUUGCCCCUCAAGAAAAUUAAACUUGGUUGCUUUGGAUGCGAGACUCAACAAAGUUUGAGCACUAAGAUUCAAAGAGCCUUCAACGAGGCUGUUGAUUAUUUGAGAUAUCAAUCAAAACAUAACGAAGAAGAGCCAAAGGUCGUAUUGAUAUAAAUGCAGACAUUACUAUACCUUUUAUACUUAAUGUUACAAUUCGAUGUUUAUAAAUACUUCGAUGAAUUUCUCACGGAAUUUUUCAUGAAAAAUAAUUACGAAUUGAAUGUAUUGUUAUACAUUAGAUUCAUCGAUAUUUGACAAACGCAACGGAAGGCGAUGAGAAAAUUAAGUAUUUUUAUAGUUUAUGGAAUUCACGUAUUAGUUGUAAAUGUUUUUUAUAUAUGACGUUUGAAGUGCUGGGCUAAAGAUAGCUGUUUUCAAUUCUGCUGAUAGAGGUGAAAUCUUGAUCCUAAUUCAGCAUUCCAAUCAACAUACGUUUCCGCUCUCCGCCAAAAUCGCUCUGUAAAAACGUAACAUUGGAAUUCCAAGAAAUUUCUCCAAACAUGAUUGACAGCUAUAUAUAUUGCUUAAAAAUAAUUGGUUCUAAAAAUAUUUCAUUUUGAUAGAAUAUGUCAUAUGUACAAUUGGGUACGAUAAUUUGGAAAUUAUGUAAACUUUUCUUUUGUUUUUAGCGUAACAGUGCGUUUAUUGAUGAAAAAGAAAAAAACGUAAGAAUGUGUGUAAAAUUUGUUCGGUUCCAUGUACGAUUUUGAGUAUAAAUUAGAGAAUGCGAUGAUAAAUAGUCGAUAGCACGAUGCUCGUUAAUCUUGAAAAGGCACAUUAAGGAUUAAUUCAACAGCGAUAUCAGGAGCCUUUUGGUUUCACCGCCGCAAUCGCUCUGCAAAAUAUUUUGAAAAUAAUUUUGAUUAACGUUUGCUAAUUGUUAUGUUUGAAACAAACGCAUUUUUAUUAGCCAAUAUAAUUGAGUUUCAUUCGUAGCAAGGGUUAUCGAAAGCUAUUUUUGGCCCAGGCUUGAUUACACAUGAAGAAAAGGAUGGCGAGUUAGUUGUGAUAAACCAAUGUUUUGGAAUUUUGCAUUUUCUCAUAGCAACUAUAAAAUAUUCAUUUGUUAAACUGCGCAAAGACUUUUUGUAACUAAGAUCUUACUGAGAUUGUAAGAUGCAUGAAUUUUCUACGUUUUGUACCGAUUAAAUGAUACACAAUAAACUUUCUUUAUCAAG